GAUUUUGGAGUGAAGAAAUGAACCAUAAUGAACCAAGGGACGACGCAGAUGAUAGAUGCAGAUUAUUUCAAGAGUUCUCUUUACCAUAUACCGUGAUUUCAAGUGCACCCAAGCUCCCCAAGCUGCUUUGAAUUGCUUGGAACUUGACAGGGACGGACGGUAGGCUGCUUGAAAGCGUGUGACUGUCAUGAGAUUGGUGUCUGAUCCUGAUGCCCUUGAAUUGCAUGCUAGUGACGUUCGGUGACAUUAAUUUAAGAUACUCUAGCAACAAUGGUGGAUUAGCCUGGUAUUAUUUUGAGCAAAUCGCUACUUUUUUAUAAAGAGGUACCUACUUUAUUUGUGUGCAAGAUGGACGGACAGAGCCGCACGUGCAUCGAAUGGAUGUGCAACGACGAGUACGAACCGGGAAGUUUCGACCUGGCCAACAUCGUGUCUCCGCCGGACCAUGAGUCCAUGUUCCACUCGCUGAUGAACGCCACGCCUCUGGGCGGAGACGAGGGACCGGGUACACCGCCAGUGGGCGCCCACGGCUGGUCACUGGGCCGCCGGCCGUCCGACUCGGCCUCCAUCGCCACCCCCACGUCGCUAGUGUCGCUGGUGCGCCAUCUGGAGGUUUCUCCAGGGGAGAACUCGGCGCCGCCGCCGCCGCCGUCCGACAUGACCUCGGCCACGGCCACCAAAAUGACCGUCAAAGUCGGCGAUGAGGCUGCCGACACGUUCGCCGACCCUGUCCCGGCGCCGUCUCUGACCCAGGCCGUCUCUGAGGCUCUGGGCGCCGCCGAGUCACAGCAGGACGCGGACGAGGUAGGCUACAACCUGACGCGCGUCACCUCAGCCACGGAUCUCGCCGAACUGCCGAGCGUGGAACGCCCCAACCUGGAGCGCAGACCGUCCGUAUCGUGCCCCAACACGCCGCCGCGUCAGCGCCGCGGUCACCGGUUCUUCACGCCGUCCAUAUUCUAUCCGGAGCGGCCGGCAGACAUCUGCCGCGAGUGGCGCGAUAGCCACCCUGACCAGCCGGACGCGGCUGCCCCGGCCGGCGGGGCGGCGGCCGUCCCGGCAGCCGGAGUGUCCGGCCUUCCGCCGGCCUCGUCCCUCGCGACUGCCGGAGGUAUGACCGAUCCGCCGGCUGAGCGUAAAAAGAACCGCAACAGGCCGCGUCCCAGCCGCCUGCGCGAGCUCAACUUCCUUGCACCCACCUCCAUGUAAAAAGAAGGUGCCGACCCACCGGCGCAGACCUAUUUACCGAUCGCCGGCGCCGUGGACUUUGUAGACAGCUCCGACGCGUUUAGACGCCCCUGGCGCGGUGGUAGUGCCACGUUUAGAAUCUGCCAGGACGGCCAGUUGUAUAAGCUGUGGGCGAGGUAGUUAACUGAAGGACUAUCCGCGAACGUAGCUCUCAAGGUGGUGUACUUAGUUGGAAGAUACUGACAAUAAUUGCGACGGGGUUGGCUUUCUAGUGAGCCGGGUUCUGCUGGUAGUGGGCGCUGCGCGGAGUCGUCGCGCUGUAUUCUCACUAUGGUCGCGAAAGGUGGGUUUCCGUGGGACUGUGAUGGUGUGCGCCGUGUGCUCCCCGCCCCGUUCGGCUCGCCCGUGUGGUGAGCGUCUCCGCCGCUGCGGUCUGAAGCGGCCUCUGUCGGCCGAGCUGGCCAGGUUGGUUUGUCUGUCUGUGAUUGAGCUCUGCCGCGCCGCCGGGGGCGAGAGAGAUCUGGGUGCACUACAAAUAUAUCGCUGUUUCAGA